GACACCCUGCAUAGAUCACCUGAGUGUAGUAUAUUAAGUGAGUAGAAUUAAAGCUUUACUUAGGUAGAUGAAUAAAGUUACCAAGUGUAAAAGAGUAAUUCUAAUAAGAAUGGGGAUGAAUUUGCACAGUGAUGUUUUCUCAUAUGGUACACAUUUAUAUCAAAUUUUACUUCAUUUUCUAGAAAGUUAUUGAGUAUAAAUAAUUAGAGAUUAUAUAAUGUAUAUUUCAGUUAACAACAACUCAAGUGUUUGUGUAAAAUGCACUUAAUUUUCAUCCCAGGAUGAGGUUCUUUGUGAGGUUACUGAUGCUACUGAGGAAGACCCCAUUAAGGGUGUAUUUGAGGACAAGCACCGCUCCCUCAAUGAAUGGCAACUCAUGUUUUACAGUAACCAAGUAAAAAAUGCAUCUCUUCCGGCUCACCAAAGAAGAUAUCAUCCCGAUACCAUUCGCUGGGCCAUUGAGCUUUAUUCCAGGUCACCUGCCGCAUAUGACCACAUACGAACAAGCAUUGUUUUAAUAUCGUCUAGUAGUACCAUACGAAGAUACAGGAAUUACCUGACUCCCAAGCCCGGUCUAUGUGAGAUGGCCCUCGGCGAAAUAGAAAGAGUCAUGAAGGAACAUCGCACACUUCCUGGCUAUCUUACGCUGGAUGAAAUGAAAAUUAAAGAAAAUGUUGUCGUGCGUGAUGGUCAACUGAUAGGAUUUGUAAAAUCAAGUUUAUCCAGCCGCUGUCAAAUCGCAAGUCACAUACUUGUAUUUUAUGUGAGGACCAUCAAACGAGAGGUGUCACUUCCUCUACCAUGGUACCCCACUACUGUGACACCACCAGCACAGUUAGCGCUUCUCUUCUGGAGAAUUCUUUACGAAUGUGAGAGAAGAGGGCUUCACAUACAUGCUAUAGUUGCAGAUCGGAUGGCAACCAAUCGGAGAUUUUUUAAACUCGUCAGUGGAUUAUCUGGUCCCCCUAUGGAUGGCAUUUACGUCGUUCCAAAUCCACACGCAGUAGAUCGUCCUGUGUUCCUCUGUUCUGAUCCAUCACAUCUUUUAAAGACUGCUCGGAACUCAUUGUUUUCCUCAAAACCAAGUGGAUCUAGAUAUAUGAAUUUAUAUGAACGUGAUGUGCUCUGGACAGAUGUCUUAAAGCUAUAUGAAAUGGAAAAAUCAAGUUUGGCCCUUACAAGGACUCGACUCAGUGAUGCCCACAUUUAUCUGAAUCCAUUUUCUAAGAUGAAAGUUGGAUUGGCACGCGACGUGCUCAGUUGGAAAGUGGGCCAAUGUUUGUCAGAGAUCCCGGGGGCUGAGGGCACAUCCGAGUAUAUUCUGAUGAUGGACAGUUGGUUCAAGAUUGUAAAUUGCAAUGCUCGAUGUCCAAUUAGGAGCAUGGAUGAUGUUUGUAUCAAAUGGUUGGAUGAGUUCGCUGAGCUACUUGUGGGCUGGAAAAACGAUGCUUUGACUCAUCAUAAAGAACCAAAGCCUGUCAUGGCAAUUCCAACUCUUGAAGGUUUAGUUUUCACAUCAAAAAAUUUCAUCCACCUUUGUGAGCGGUUACUAUCGGAGCUCGAUUAUGUGUGUUUUCAUACUUUCACACAAGACGUGCUAGAGGCUUUUUUUGGAAAUUUGUACAGAUUUUUUUAAAUAUGGUAACUAUGUCUUGAUGAGGUAAGUGACAUGAAAUGCUCAGGUUUAAUGAGCUUUCUAUUUAAGAGGCAACUUGGAAGUAGAGGACAGAAUCCUGACAUUGCCAUGGCAGCCUA